CAAAAACUUUCAGUUAAUAUCAAGAUUGUGGUCCAAUUUGAGGAGGUUUCACAAAAUAUGGACAGUCAAUCUUCUAAAGGAAGAAUGGCUACUAGAGAAGAAGUUAGGAGCAUCGGCAAUGAAAUUGCUAAUGAAUGCAGCAUUACAAUCCAUCAAGAUUCAGACUCAAAUUCUCAUGAAAUCAGUGAAAAUGAGAGACAAUGGCUAUGUUCCUUGGAGAAGAGAAGAGAAGAGGGUAUGUUGGCUCAUCACAGAAGCCAAAAAAUUCAAAUGGUCCCAAAAAUGCAUUGCGAGAUUGAAUCAAACUUAAGGUGCUAUGAGCCCCUUGUGGUUUCUAUCGGUCCAUUUCACCGUGGAAAACCAAAGCCUCUACUUAUGGAGAAGUACAAGGAGCUACUGGCAGUUCAGUUUGCUGAUCAAGAUAGUACCAAACCAAGACUUAAAGGGGUCUUACCAUGGCGUUCGACAAAUGCAGUGCCCAUUGAUGAGCUUUACAGAAAGGUCAAGAACAUUAUGCCUAAUCUCAGGGAGUGUUAUGCUGAUGAAUUGAUCAAAGAUUACAGCUACGAGGAGUUUGCACAGAUGAUGUUCCUGGAUGGAUGCUUCAUCCUCCAAUACUUUCACUGCAUCGUCACUGGCAAUUAUAAAGAGCUGAAAAUGAAGAGCCAUGAUAUAGCAUUCAUUCGUCGUGAUCUUUUCUUACUUGAAAAUCAGUUGCCAUUUGAAGUCUUGCAGGUGUUAAUGAGCUGUAAGUUCAAGAAUAAUGUAGGAAUGGAGAUGAUUAACACGUUCAUCUCGAGUGCACAUACCAAGCCUUCUCAAGGUCACGGAUACAUUCAAAGUAUCAAGGAUUUCGUUCUAGAUUUCUUUCGUACUCGGAAAGUUAUGAACUUUCUUGGCAAGAUUUGUGAAGGAGAAGGGCGUUCCCUUACCAAAAAAGAAAGCAUGAAAACUCCUCUUCCUGCUCAUCUCCUCGAACUACUAAGAACACAUCGCAUAGACCCAAAUGCUUUCUUAGACGGUGGAUGCUAUCUAAGGGGUGACUGGUGCUCGCAUCGUUCAGCCAAGGAGCUUAAGAAAGCAGGAAUCCAUUUCAGACAGGGAAAGAGUCGUCGUCUUUCAGACAUUGAGUUCAAUUCAUUUCAUUGGUCAUCUUGUUUAACACUUCCUCCAAUAACAAUAGAUGAUUCAACCAAGUCGGAGUUUUUAAACUUGGUUGCAUAUGAGGCAUGUCCUGAUACACCAGAUGACUUUGGUGUUACAUCUUAUGUUUGCUUCAUGGAUUCACUUAUUGAUCAUCCAGAAGAUGUGAAGGAGCUGAGAUCGAAACGUAUACUACUUAACUUUCUUGGAAGUGAUCAAGAAGUAGCAGAUCUCUUCAACGAGAUAUCAAAAGAUUUGGUGCCUAAUCCACAUGCCUAUGUUGAUGUGAAAAACAAAAUUGAGGAUCAUUACGAUAGCAAAGGAAAAAUAUGGAUUGCUGAGUGUAUGAGUACUCAUUUUACUAAUCCCUGGACUAUUCUUGCAUUUAUUGCAGCAAUUUUUGUCAUUGGUUUGCAAGUCACUGAUACAUCUCUAGCAGGCGUCCAAACCUAUUAUGCAAUCCAUAAAAAAUAGAGCUAGUAAUGGUAGGUGUCAAAACCAACCAGUUUUUUUUUUUUUUUUUUUUUUGUGUGUGUGUGUGUCUUUUCUGUAGGAACUCAUGAGUGUCAUGUUUGUUAAAUUCAUCAUUUCUUUUACCUUUAGUGCUAUUACGACGAUUGAUCUUUGUACUUUUGUUUAUGUAUACGAACUAGUAGUUUGUUUUGUUUGUAAUGAUUUACUUGUGUAAAUUUAUUAUUUUGAAGCACAUGCAUGAUAUUGGAUCACAUGAAUAGUGUAUGUUUUUUUAUGUUUUACUGAGACCUUUAUAUGUGAUCAUUAGACCAAUUGACAAUAUUCU